CUUAUUGUGAAUGAGCUUCAAUGAAGAAGCAGCAGUUCAUGUGUCAUAUUGAUUUCAUUUGUGAAUGAAAAUAUGGUAGCUGUCAUUAACAAAUGCAACAACAACAAAAUUAGCCUGUGGAAGCAAAUUUCGCUAAAAAUUAUCUUCAGCCUGCAAGCACAUACAUUAGUAAACACAAUGGCCGAUCUCGAUAAGUGGAUAGAAAUAGUGAAGGAAUGCAAAUAUUUGCCAGAGAAUGACCUGAAGAAGCUAUGUGAUAUUGUGUGUGAGAUUUUACUGGAGGAAUCCAAUAUACAGCCAGUUAGCACGCCUGUAACAGUGUGUGGCGAUAUACAUGGACAAUUCUACGAUUUAGAAGAACUCUUUCGCACAGGCGGACAAAUACCAGAUACCAAUUAUAUUUUCAUGGGCGAUUUUGUUGACCGCGGCUAUUAUAGUCUGGAAACAUUGACACGUCUGCUGACGCUGAAAGCUCGUUAUCCAGAUCGUAUUACGCUGCUGCGCGGCAAUCAUGAAUCACGACAAAUAACUAAAGUUUAUGGCUUUUUCGAUGAGUGCUUUACAAAGUAUGGAAACGCAAAUGCAUGGAAAUAUUGCUGUAAAGUGUUCGAUUUACUGACGAUUGCGGCGAUUAUUGACGAAGAGGUGCUAUGCGUGCAUGGUGGUCUCAGUCCAGAAAUCAUCACACUCGAUCAAAUACGUACUAUAGAUCGCAAUGGCGAAAUACCAUACAAAGGUGCCUUUUGUGAUUUGGUGUGGUCGGAUCCGGAAGACAUGGAUUUAUGGGGUCAAAGCCCGCGGGGCGCCGGUUGGCUUUUCGGCCAAUUGGUAACAAAAGAUUUUAUGAACAUUAACAAUUUAGAAUUAAUUUGUCGGGCACAUCAGCUGGUCAAUGAAGGUAUUAAAUACAUGUUUGAUAGUAAACUCGUAACUGUAUGGUCAGCGCCAAACUAUUGCUAUCGCUGCGGUAAUGUAGCGGCAAUUUUGAAUUUCAAAACAGCCAAAGAUCGCACAACCAGUAUUUUUAAUGCAGUGCCCGAAACAGAGCGUGUAAUACCACAACAGAAUACCACGCCAUAUUUCCUAUAAAAGAAAUAAACAAUACUUGUAUAAUUUAAAACACGAAUUUUUCGCCUGAACCCGGCCCAUGAGCGAAGAUUGCUGCAUAUGGUGUAUUAUCUGCCUUUAAUGUUUAUGUUAAGUGUUCUGCUUUUCGCCACCACUUUUGAUAUACUCAAUUUACAAUAGCUUUGGAAAUGUAUAAAAUGUUUAAAAGACAAGUUCAGUGUAUAUUAUAUCAAAUAGUAAAAGUGCUGUAGUGUUGAAAGCAAUCACACAUACGUGAUUGCAAUUUUCCACCCUAUUUUGAAAUGAUCAAAGAAAGUGUUUUAAAUGCAUAUCAUAAGAGUAUGUUCUCUUUAUUACUAUUAUUUUUACUACUACUACUUUGGUUUUACAUAUAAAAAAGCUGUAUGAAAUUUAA